GGUUCUCUGAGCAGGGAUGGCAGGACAUGACUGCCCUCUUUGCCUUGGCUCCAACUUUCCAUGAAUUGGGCCUGCACUUUGAAGAUCAUGAGGAGGAAUGGCAAGCUUGGUAUAAUGAAGCCCGUCCAGAAGCAAUGCCCAUGCCUGGAGGAUUUUCAGAGAAACUUGAAACUUUUGAGCAACUCAUGGUCCUGCGUUGCUUCCGCAUAGACAGAAUCACAGUUUCUUUGACUUAAUAUGUGAUGAAGGUCAUGGGAGAGAAGUACAUAAUGCCUCCUGUACUAGAUUACAAAGCCAUCCACACUCAAAGUUCAUCCAUGAUGCCCAUAGUUUUUAUCCUAAGUCCAGGUGCAGACCCUGCUUUUGACAUAUUCAACCUUGGUGAAGAAAUGGGGUUCAAACCAGGGCAAAAGCUGAAAUACAUGGCUCUUGGGCAAGGGAUGGGUCCAAAGGCAGCAGAGCAGAUAGAGCAGGGUUCCAUGCGGGGUUUGUGGGUGAUGCUUCAAAACUGCCAUUUGCUCCCAUCCUGGCUGAAGACCCUGGAAAAAAUCUUGGAGAAACUAGUGAAGCCCCACAAUGACUUCCGGCUGUGGCUGACAACAGAGCCCACAUCCACAUUCCCCCUGGGCAUCCUGCAGCGGAGCCUGAAGGUGGUGGCAGAGCCCCCCAAUGGACUGAAGCUCAAUUUGCGCUCCUCAUAUACCAAGAUCAGUGAAGAGAACCUUGCUGAAUGCCCUCACUUUGCUUAUCGACCUCAGGUGGUUCCCAAACUUCAUCCUCCUCUGUCUGCCAUCAUGCUUCUCUUGGUCCUCCUCCCAAUGCUAAGUGAAGAUUGUGGUAAAGUGCACACUAAAACGAAACCUCACUUCUCCUACACAUUACCCUUAUUGGAGGUCUUUGUGGUAGCAUUUUUUCAUGCAGUGGUACAAGAGCGGCGGAAAUAUGGAAGACUUGGAUAG